AUGGCCGAAAUUAAGAAGACCAAGUCCGCGAAGGACUUCGCUGUCGACUUCAUGAUGGGCGGCGUGUCUGCGACAAUCUCGAAGACCGCGGCGGCGCCGCUCGAGCGCAUCAAGCUGCUCAUCCAGAACCAGGACGAGAUGAUCAAGCAAGGGCGACUCGCGAAGCCGUACAAGGGCAUCGGGGAUUGCCUGAUGCGGACGUACGGCGACGAGGGCGUCGUCGCGCUCUGGCGGGGCAACACCGCGAACAUCGUCCGGUACUUCCCCACACAGGCCCUGAACUUCGCUUUCAAGGACUACUUUAAGGCGCUCUUCGGAUUCCGCAAGGACAAGGACGGCUACUGGGCGUGGGCCGCGGGGAACCUCAUGGCGGGCGCGUCCGCGGGCGCGGCGUCGCUCGUGUUCGUGUACUCGCUCGACUUCGCGCGCACGCGGCUCGCCAACGACGCCAAGUCCGUCAAGGCCGGCGCCGGGGGGGAGCGCCAGUACAAGGGUCUCGUCGACGUCUACCGCAAGACGCUCGCGAGCGACGGCAUCGUGGGGCUCUACCGCGGCUUCGUGCCGAGCGUGCUGGGGAUCAUCGUGUACCGCGGGCUGUACUUUGGCUGCUACGACUCGUUGAGCCGUGCAGAGCCGGUGGUGCUCGUCGGGCCGCUGCAGGGAUCCUUCCUCGCGUCGUUCAUGCUGGGAUGGGCGGUCACCAGCUUCGCCGGGUUCGGGUCGUACCCGCUUGACACCCUCAGGCGCCGGAUGAUGAUGACGUCGGGCACGGGCGUGCACUACAAGUCCAUCAUGGACGCCGGGUCCCAGAUCGUCGCGAAGGAAGGCUUCCGCUCGCUCUUCAAGGGCGCUGGCGCGAACAUCGUGCGCGGGGUCGCGAGCGCGGGAGUGCUGGCGCUGUACGACCAGUUCCAAGCUAUGGCAUUUGGAAAGGUCUACUCCGGCGGUUCAUAG